AUGACGGACUGGAUUGAUCCCAAGGAGUUCAAGCGCUUGUGGAGCUCUCUCGUCAAGGCGGGGUGGCGGACAAGACGCGCCUCAGGCCUCGGCUCAGACCAUACAUACGUCAAGGCGGGUGUUAAAGGCAAUCUACGCCAGGCCAAAGUCGGUAUUGACUAUUUCAUCGAAGAAGAAGCUACGGUGGCGGCCUCAACUGUGGUUGCUACAGAACAAGCGGUUACGGUGGGAGCCCUUAUUAUGGCUGCUACGGAACAAGAGGCAUGUGAUAGAGAUGACGACGAACCGGGUCUAGAUAAAUUUGAUCGAGAUUACUUUAUGGAAGCCUUCCGUGCUGAGAAUCUCUUUGGUCCAGUUGAUGUAGAUGAUGUCAAUAUCGGAGACGAGUCGUUCCUAUGCAGUGCCGAGUCAGACGACGAGGAUUCUGUUUUUGACGAGCACGAAAUCGAUGACGAGGAAUAUGUGGAUGACGUGGAGUCAGACCCGGAAUUUGAGGACGCAAGUCAGAAUUUACGGCAAAACAUGAGAGAAAUUCGGGAGCUUGCUAGUUCAGGGUGGGAAAUAUACGACCAAGGCAACUGUGCGAUCGCACAGCAGACCCAUGAACGACAGCUUGCAGCCCAAGCUAAAGACCCUAAGAAAUCCGUGGAAGACAUCAUUGACAAGCUUGAAAGACAGAAGCCAAUUCGAGAGCACAAUAUUUUGCACGUAAUUGGGCUGUUGGUGGCGCGUACGCUGUGUGGACAUAAGGACGGCUUGUCGAAGCAUUGGACUAUCAGUGAAGAAGUUGCCGUUCCUCUGGGGACCUUUAAAAGGUGA